CUGGCGGAAGGAUGGCUGCCAGAGCUGCUGUGGUGGGUGCGCGGUCCCUGGAGCCCCUUGAUUUUGGCAGUACUGCUGAUAUUAUUAAACUAAUACCUAAGGAUCUAUUUGCUGAGCUAUGUGAGCGAAUUAUUCAGCAUCUUCACUGUCAGAUCCCAGGUGUAAAUACAGUAGAACUAUGCCAGAGAUUUCAAACAGCUGGAGUUGAAAUGAAUGUUGCUGACCUGGCAAAGAUAAUUAAUGUUGUUUCCUUUUUAUUUGGCACAGCGGCCAAAAACAACCUGUCUGCAGAAGAACUCUCCACUGGUCUGGGUAAUGCAAUCAGUAUGCUGCCAAAACAUGCCGCUCAGGUUAUUCGCCAUAUAUGGAAUGAACAGGGUAAAUCUAUCAUUAUGUCAGAAGAUGCUAGAAAUAUGGCAACAGUGGGACAGAUUAUAGAUAUUCAGUGGAAACUGGGAAUGGCAGUGAGCUCUGACAGCUGUAGGUCUCUUAAGUACCCUUAUGUUACAAUGACGCUAAAAGUGGCAGAGCCUUCGGGCCAGAUAAUGAGCAAGUCUUUUGAAAUGACAAUCCCACAGUUCCAGGACUUCUUCAGACAUUUCAAGGAAAUGGCAGCUGUUCUUGAAACAGUUUAAAUACUUCAAAGACACACUUUACUUGAUCCAAAUAAGCCUUCCUAUCUUGCACAAGUAAUUGUGUCAAUGUUUAAGGAAGGUAUGUAUUCUCAUGGUCUUGUCAGAAUAUUUUCCAAUAGCUUCCUUUUUUUUGGCUCACACUGAAAGCUUUUUUUAUGUAACUUUUCUUCUAAAUAUAUGAAAAAACAAACUCUUGCAAGGUGGCAAUCUGAGUAAAAGUGUAUUUAGCUCUAUUCAGGCAGAAGAUUGUGCUACGUAGCUAAGGACAUGUCACAACCUCAGACUUUUCCUACUGUUCAACAGCGGAAGCUGCGUACUGUAUAUAAACUCUGCAAUGUGGAAACACCUAUGAAAAUGCUAACUGAGGAAACUACUGGAAGAAGUGUAAACCCCAUGUUUACACUUUUCUCUAUAAAAUCAUGCCAUUGAUGUGCACAUGGAAUCAAUUAUAUCAUUAGCUAUGUAGAGUACAUAAAAUUACAGUCAGCAAGCAUAUUGUUAGCCAUGAAGAAUAGUGUUGUCACCGAACUGAUAAAUUCCAGUUCUAUCAAGUAGGUUGGAAGCCUAAUAUUUACUCCCUUUUGUUAAUUAUUGGAGACAUCUUCCAUCAUUCUAUUUAAUAAAUGAUUGUUACUUCAGUGUAAGAUUAGUAUCACUGAAAUAUUUCCAUAAAUCUGGAUUUACCAUCUCCUAUUGCAGUAAAUAUCUCUAGUAACAGAGACCUAAAAACUUCCCUGCACAGAACUAAUAACAUUGACUAAGCAGAAUUUAUAGGGAAGUUUAAAUUUUAAAAAAGUGAACGUGUGUUCAAAAAAUACUUUUGAAGCGAA